CUGAACCCCCGGAAGACCCUGCCAGACGCUGUAGGUGUGUGGUCGAGUUGGAGAAUGGGAACAGGUGGCCGAGGGUGAGGAGGCCUAGUCAGUGAUCCCGGGGAGCUUCCCAGCCUCCUCUGCCUCCAGGACAUGCCGUGAGGAAGCUCCUUCUCCUCAGGCGGUGGAGCAGAGGUCCUGCGAGUGCCCUGCAGAAUGGAGAGCCCCUUCCAUCUUCGUCCAGCCGCAGGGGCUGGCUGCCCACUCCAUCCCCAGCGGAAUGUUCCCUUCUCUUGCAGAAUCGAGCGGGUGAUGGACAACAACACCACGGUGAAGAUGGUGCCCAUCAAGAUCGUGCAUUCGGAGAGCCUGCCGGACAAGGGGAGCCGCCAGAGCCUGGCGCCGCCCGCCGAGCUGCCCGUGCUGCCCAGUGGGCUGGAGCGUGACCAGAUCAAGACACUAAGCACAUCCGAGCAGUCCUACUCUCGCUUCUGCGUGUACACGCGGCCUGGUGCCGAGCCCGAGGCCCUGCAUCAAGCCCGGCCUCCCAGUGCCCAUCUGCCCCCGGGGGGCAAUGGCUGCCCCUCCCCUCCUGGGCUCAGCUAUGUGAAGGCCAAAGAGAAGACUAUGGAAGACCUGAAGUCGGAGGAGCUGGCCCGGGAGAUCGUGGGCAAGGACAAGUCCCUGGCGGACAUCCUAGAUCCCAGUGGGAAGAUCAAAACCACCAUGGAUUUGAUGGAGGGCAUCUUCCCCAAAGAUGAGCAUCUCCUGGAGGAAGCUCAGCAGCGGAGGAAGCUGCUGCCCAAAAUCCCCUCUCCCAGAAGCACAGAGGACAGGAAGGAGGAGCCGAGCGUGCCGGCGGCCGUGUCCCUGGCCACCAAUUCCACGUACUACAGCACAUCGGCCCCCAAAGCAGAGCUGCUGAUCAAGAUGAAGGACCUGCAGGAGCAGCAGGAGCCGGAAGAGGAUUCGGGCAGCGACGUGGACCACGACCUGUCGGUGAAGAAGGAGCUCAUCGAGAGCAUCAGCCGCAAACUGCAGGUACUGCGGGAGGCCCGGGAGAGCCUGCUGGAGGACAUCCAGGCCAACAACGCCCUGGGGGACGAGGUGGAGGCCAUCGUGAAGGACGUGUGCAAGCCCAACGAGUUUGACAAGUUCCGGAUGUUCGUCGGCGACCUGGACAAAGUGGUGAACCUUCUGCUGUCGUUGUCGGGCCGCCUGGCCCGGGUGGAAAACGCCCUCAACAACCUGGAUGACAGCCCUUCUCCUAGUGAUCGGCAGUCGCUGCUCGAGAAGCAGAGAGUCCUCAUCCAACAGCACGAGGACGCCAAGGAGCUCAAGGAGAACCUGGACCGCCGGGAGCGCAUCGUGUGCGACAUCCUGGCCACCUACCUGGGCGAGGAGAGCCUGGCGGACUACGAGCACUUCGUGAAGAUGAAGUCGGCCCUCAUCAUCGAGCAGCGGGAGCUGGAAGAUAAAAUCCACCUCGGCGAGGAGCAGCUCAAGUGCUUGUUUGACAGCCUUCAGCCCGAGAGAAGCAAGUGAGGGCCCGGCCCGGCCCGGCCAAGGACGCACGGGGCCUGCACGGCUCCCAAAGACCCCGUAACCAGCCGUCUGUGUCUCCCGGGAGGGAGUCCUCCCGCAGCCAGGUGGCGAGCGCAAAGCAAUAACUCCUGUGUUUGUUUAGGGGGGUUAGCCAAGGUUUUUGUCCCCAGUG